AUGGGUCCAGAUACCAAGGUGUCACAGAAAUUCAGCUUUCUUCUGGCUCCACCCCAGAAAAAGAAAUGGAUGAGUCGUGUGCUACGACCGGGUGUUUUGUUUUUGGUCCUGUUUAUCUGGGGAAUACUACAAUUCUCUCAAGGGUCUUUCAUCUUCAAGAAACCUCACAAACCUCACAAGGGGCAUCAUAAAUCCCCACCACCAGAUGAGGCCUUCAGCUGGGAAAAUAUUACACCCGAGAAACACCUGGUCUAUCACCCCUGCUUUGAUGAAUACCAAUGCGCCCGCCUUGAAGUGCCGAUGGACUGGAACCGCACAGAUGGAAAAGGCGCCACUGUAGAGGUCGCAGUCAUCAGGCUGCCCGCGAAAGUUCCGGUUACAGAUCCGCGAUAUGGUGGUCCCAUUAUCCUGAACCCCGGUGGCCCCAGCGGGUCUGGGGUCUCACAGGCCAUCAAGCGGGGAAGGAUGCUCCAGGAUCUCGUUGAUUUUGGAGAAUCACCUGAAAGUCCCAAUUCCCAGUCCGAAGAUGCGAAGUAUUUUGAUAUUGUCAGCUUCGACCCCAGAGGUGUCAACAAUACCACUCCCGCGUUCUCCUGUUUUGCAAAUCCAGAGGAUCGCAUUGCAUGGACAUUUCAAACAAUAGCCGAAGGCAAUAUCGCCAGUUCAGAUAUUGCAUUCGACACACUCUGGGCUCGGGGCCAGGCUCUCGGAGAAACUUGCACAAAUCCUAGUUUGUUCGACAAAGAUGAGUCGGAGUGGCUGGGCCGUUUCAUGAACACCCCUACAGUUAUCGCAGACAUGGUUGAGCUGGUCGAGAGACAUGGUGAAUGGCGAGAGAAUGAAACCAAAAAGUUACUCAAGAAAAGCUGUGCACACAAACUCCCUCGGGCCGAGAAGAAGAAAGUCCUAGAGAAGAAUAGCUGGAAGCGUGGUGAAGAACGGCUUCUAUACUGGGGAUUCUCUUAUGGUACAGUUAUUGGAGCUACAUUCGCCGCGCUACAGCCGAACAAAAUCCAUCGCUUGAUAGUCGAUGGAGUGGUUGAUUCUUACGACUUCUAUGCUGGGAACUGGCUUGCUAAUCUGCAAGAUUCGGAUGGCGCGCUCAAUACAUUCUUUGAAAAUUGCCAUGAAGCCGGACCUCAGUCCUGUCCAUUUGCAUCUGAUGAUUUGCAGGACUUGAAAGACCGCUUUCAGAGAGUGCUAGAGGAUCUUAAACGUAGCCCUCUUGCUGUUCCCGCAUCAAAGAGCAGAGGACCCGAGAUUGUCACUUACAGUGAUAUCCACACUUUAGUCUUCUCAUCCCUCUACUCGCCAGUUGAUUCGUAUCCACUUGUGGCACAAGUAUUUACAGAUCUUUCCCAGAGAAAUGGCUCUUCUGCUGCAGACUUCAAAGCCUAUGCACGGAAGGAAGGUAUUGACGAAAAGCAUGCCAAAGAAGUCCUGUCUAGUGUGUUAUGCACAGACGGAGCUGAUUUCCGUGGAAUGAACAAGUCUGAGUACAGGGAGUACUUGAAGGCUCUUGAAGACCAAGGGCACUUUAUUGGAGAUGAUUGGGCGGCUCUUCGGUUGUCAUGCCCCGGUUGGAAUAUUCGGCCAGCAUGGGAGUUCAACGCGCCUUUAAAAUGUCGAGUGGAUUCUCUGAUUCUCAAGUUCUACAUCAAAAUUCAACGGGCCACUGCUCACUUUCUGCUAAAUCCGAUUGCACGUCUGGAGUAG